GUCUGGGGGCUCUGGUUGAGACCUACUUGAAGGCCAUCAACAGUGGGGAAGUGCCUUGCUUGGAGAACUCGGUGAACACUCUGGCCCAGCAGGAGAACACAGCGGCUGUGCAGAAGGCAGCCACCUACUACAGAGAGCAGAUGGCCCAGCGAGUGCGGCUCCCCACAGACACGCUGGAGGAGCUGCUGGACGUGCACAUGGCCUGCAAGGAGGAAGCCCUCACAGUCUUCUUGGAGCGUUCCUUCAAGGAUGAAGAUUGCGAAUUUGAGAAGCAGCUACUGAGAAUUAUAAAGCAUGAAAAGAAGGAUUUCUUGGUAAAGAAUGAAAAAGAAUCAGAGCAAUACUGCCAGGAAAAACUGGAUCAACUUUCAAAACCAUUAAUGGAAAGCAUUUCAGAAGGGAUUUUCUAUGUUCCUGGAGGGCACCAGCUAUAUAAGGAAAUGAGGCAAAGAAUUGAGGAGGACUACAGGCAACUGCCCAGGAAAGGAGUCAAG